UGUUUGCGGUCACCGGAAGUGGCCUCGUCCGGCGCAAUGCGCAUGCGCAGUGAGGAGGGCAGCGCUAGCGGAGCGGAGGAGCAGAAGCCCGAGGAGUUUCUUCAGCGUUGAUUAGUCAGCCUGUUAAUUAGUGUGUUUAUGAAUCUGCACAAUGGCGGGAAUCAAAGCUCUGAUCAGCCUGUCGUUUGGUGGCGCGAUCGGUCUGAUGUUCCUCAUGCUGGGCUGCGCUCUGCCCGUCUAUAAUGCGUACUGGCCUCUGUUCCUGCUCUUCUUCUACAUCCUGGCUCCUAUCCCAUACUGCAUCUCUCGCCGCGUGGUGGACGACACGGACUCGGCCAGCAACGCCUGCAAAGAGCUGGCCAUAUUCCUGACCACAGGCAUUGUGGUGUCCGCCUUCGGGCUGCCCGUCAUAUUCGCCCGCGCUCACGUGAUGGCCUGGGGAGCCUGUGCUCUGGUGCUGGCGGGAAACAUCGUGAUCUUCGCCACCAUCCUGGGCUUCUUCCUGGUGUUCGGAUCCAACGAUGACUUCAGUUGGCAGCAGUGGUGAAGCAGCGCUCUCCGCUCCGCUCAUCUCACUCUGACAUUACUGUUUUAUUUAUAAUUGCCGCCCAUUGAUAGAAGCAGGAAUCCAGUGCAAUAAUUGUGUUAAUGUUAGCUGGCUCUGACCUCAGAUAGACGCUCUUUCGUGUCCUUUUUCGUUAUGAAUGCAGGUGGUCGAACAGAAACACUGUUUUUCUGAAGCUUGUCCCAGUUACCACACUGAAGUCUUUGCUUUGCAUUUCUCUUUUACUCAAGAGUUUAUUUAUUUGUUCCCGUUCUCUGUUGAUCAUCGUAUUAAACGUGACAUCGUCGACCGAAGCUCGUUAUGUUGAUUUGAUGAUUCGGUUUUUAUUGCAUAGCGAUGCGUUUGUUUCCCGCAAACGUUUCUUUUAGAGGAAAAACCCAGAGUAGCCGUUUAUAAGCUAACUAUGAACAUGCAAAUGAAACGCAGGUCAUGUUUGUUUUAGAUGUAGAUUUGCUCAUAUCCAUCGUUCAUAAAGACAAGAUCGUGUGAGUUUCUCUGAAUCAGACGCUCAGUGUGUGACGAGAGGUUAAAGUCAACAUGAAAUCUCUGAUGCAUCAGCGCACAUUAUUCAAACAAUAAAUCAGUAAAUAUAAAGUUGGCCUUAUAAUCUUUAUUUAUUCAUGUAGAGAAACUUUUCAUCAUCCAAUCAAUAAUUCCUGAUGGAUAAAAUCAAGUCUUAUCCUACACUUGUUUGCUCUGUUACACGUUUCUAUGGAAACCUAUUUCCAUCACAGAAUCAAAAAAUUGUUACUUUUUAUCUUACGAUUCUGACUUUUCCUGAGAUAUGAACUCAGAAUUGCAAGAAAAAAGUCAGAAUUCUGUGUUUGUAUCUCACAACUGUUCUCUGAGUUUUGAGUUUGCGUCUCGCAAUUGUUUUUUUGGCAAAAAA